AUGAUUCGCGAUGGACUAAUAGUAGGUAUUAAUUGUAAAGAAAGCGAGUUAAGACUUCUAAAAGAGACAGACCUAAUAAUAAAGAAAAUAGUAGACGACUGCAAAAGUAUUGAGUUAAGCAAACAACAUGUUAAAGUUUUGAGCAAGGAAGAAGAUGUUAACUUAACGAAAUAUAAAUGUAAAAAAUGCCAAUACGAAUACUACCCAGACAAAGGCAGAACAAGGCAGAACCACAAAAGACUCAAAACCCCAGCAAUAGAGGAAGCAGCAGCAAUAAUGCACAACGACAACAUUCAACUAAAUGAAAACAUGAACGCCGAUAUGGAACUCAACAAAUUAAAGCAAGCAGUAGAAGCAGUAAAGAAGGAAAUAUUGAAACCGGACAAAAUAAAAAGAAAAUCUUGGAUAACGACAGAAAUAUUAAACUUGAUGGAAGAAAGAAGGCAAAAUAAAGGAAAUCCAACGGAAUAUAAACGUAUACAAUGGAUUAUAAAACAUGAAAUAAGGAAAGCGAAAGAAAAAGAACUACAAGAAAAAUGUCGCGAGAUCGAACACCAUCAAAACAUGCACGUUGACUUGUUCACAGGAAAGUCCGAGAAGUAA